CAGGUUGUGUCGAGAACCCAACCACAUACCGCUUCGAUGUAAUGAAGUGGAGAAGAAAGCUGAGACAGAUAUGCGGACUUACAUUGAGAACCGAAUUUCUGAAGCUGUGAUGAGAAAAUGUCACAAAUGUGGCAAGCGAUUUGUUAAGGAAACGGGCUGCAACAAAAUGACUUGUGUGUGUGGGGCUAAUAGCUGUUACGCAUGUCGAGCCGAGGACAUAGACUACAACCACUUUAACAAUAAUAAGAAGUAAGUUGAUGGGCUCUUUGUAAAAAUGAGGACUCGACUAAUUUGUUGGAAAUAGUGGAAUAAGAUAUGUUUAGGCUUGAAAUGAAAAGUCAGUACUAUUAAAAUUAUGUGAAAGCUAAUAUAUACUGCACGCUGUACAUUAAAAAACACCUUGAUGAAGAUGGGUCAAGUUGCGGUUGUAUGAGUUCUUGAAUGAUAUUGAUGUGAGGAACUGAAUAAUUUAAAUCUCUUUUGGAAGCAAAGCUGUGUCGUAGCAGAGCUGAUUAAAUCGCAAUUUUUUUUUUUUUAAAUUGGAUUUUUUUAUAUUAAAAUCGUAUUUUGUUAUUUUAAAUCUGAUUUUUAUAAUUGAAAUUGUUCUUUUUUCUUAUUUUCUUUAAGAAUUGCUGAAUUUGAAGCAAAAUAAUUUUUAUGAAGAUUAAACAUCAUGUAGUUAAUAUUAUUUGAAUCAAUUUUUAGGAUUUAAAUAGACUUAAAUAUAGUGACUUAAAUUAAUCAUUAUUCGAAAAAUUAAUAAAACCUUUUUUAAAUCCAUUUAAAAGUGCUUCAAAUUUUUCCCCAAAAUUAAAUUUUCUCUUUAUAUUCUAAUGAAAAUGAUUAUGAAAUAUCAAAUAAUUAACUAAAAUAUACUUAAAAUCAAGGAUAGUCACAGUCCUAGUAUAACUGCUUCUGUGUAAAAUUUUGUAAGAAUAAGAGUUCCAACUAAGUUUCACAUUCUCAAAAUAUCAAUAUCGAUUCCACCAGAACUGUCUCAUUAAAUAAUUUGAAUAGGAAAACUAACUUCCCAGCUUUUUUAACCCCAAAUCAAUUCCCAAUAUAUUAAAAACUGAAAAGUUUAAAUGAAUAAAAAUGAAAUUUACAAAUAUAAAAAUUACAAAAUUGUGCAAUCAUAAUUAUAUAUAAAGAAAUAAUAUGUUAUGUGCCUAAUAAUACAUAAAAACAAACAGAAGUUCUUUUCAGCAAGUGCCUUUAAAUAUAUAUUAGAUUAGAUAAAUAUAAUUACAAUCAAUUAAAAUCAAAACUUUGCAUUUAAAUCAAUGAUUUUUAUUGAUCUGAUUUAAAUUUUGAUUUCAAUCAAUUAUCUUAAGUCGGUUCAUUCAUCUCAACCCUGUGUGUAUACAAACUCCAUCAGAUAUGUAUUAAUUUAAUUUAAUGCAGGGCUGGGGUAUCCGAAACUUUUGAUACAAUUUCAGGCCUCUAAAUAAAACAGACAUGAGAUGUCAAGGACAGGUGUUAUUUUUUUAUUUUUCAAAAGCUGAAAAACUCAAUAGACAUUUUUUGGAAUUAAAAUAUUGGGCAGAAUUGAUGUUACUAUGUAUCCAACCUCUACCAAUCUGUUAAAUGUGUAACAAGCCAAUAAUAAAAAUGAAAUGCGUAGCUCACAUAUUUGUUUUAAAUAAAACAGUAUGGAAAAUUUAAUUAAUGUCACUGUGAGAAUAAAAAAAAGUAAGUAAUUAUAUUGAACAUAAUUUAAUUCCUGUGAUUGCUUCUAAACCAUCUAAUAAUAUAUAGAGCACAUCUGUUUCCAAAAUGGAGAGCUUCUGACACGUAAGUUUUUGAAUCCCUUAUAAAUCUUUGUUGUUUCUUAUUUGGUCUUGUCUACUGAAGAAGGCCAUCUCCUGUGAUUAUCCUCUCUUCCAUUUUGUGCCUCAACAUAUCUUGCUCCACUAUUUCCUUCACAGGGCUUGAAUGCAGUCCUUCAUAUGUUUUCCUUUAUAAUAUGUGGAUGACUACUUGCAGGUGUGCCAACACAGACCCUAAUGCAAUACACCAACGAGAUAUGGAAGAUGCUGCUGAUAAAGCUAAAGCUCAGUAUCUGCUUGAUCAUCCAGAGGCCAAAGAUAUUGAACUGAAGACCGACUUCAAGGACAUGAUCAAAAAUGGUAAGCUUGCUCUUAAAAGAAAUCUCAAGUUUGCUGUGAUUUGAUCAUUUCAACAAAUUUACUGUGCGGGAGGAGAAGUCGAUUUUAGUUUUCUGUUUUCAUUUUAUUUUAACAACUUCAGGUGAAAACAAGAUAAAUGUGACUAAUAAAUUAUCAACAUACAUACAACCCCGGUUGAAUUUUAAAAUAUUUUCUUAAUUGAGAAACUAAUAACAAGAUGAAUUCCUUUGCAAAUAUUUCUUUUUUAUAGUCAAGCCAAAAAAAGGACGGCGAAACGGACGCAAGUGAGUGGUCUAAAGUUUCAUUUGAAAUAUGUUUAUCUCUUUACCUCCCUUUUACCAAAACGGACUCUGGUGAGUGGUCUAAAGUUUCAUUUAAAUAUGUUUAUCUCUUUCCCUCCCUUUUGUUUAUCUCUACAUCUUUAGACAACUGGCACCAAAAGCCAUUAAAAAAAAUAUAAUAGAGAUGUUUUUUUCUGCCAAGUUAAGAUUGCAACUAUAAUUGCAAAGGCAUUAAUUUUAAUCCCACAACAAUUUGUCUUGCUGUGUUCCUUCUUCCGUGCUUUACUUAAUUAAUGUGUUAACACAUUGUAAAACUAAAGGGGAUGGGGCCUUUUCGUUAUAUUUAGGGUCACAUUUGGUGGAGUGGGGAUGUUUCUCACUUUCGGUUGGGGGCUGAUCAAAUACCCUGAAAGUAUCGAUGCUCCAUUAAUAAGAUCAUCGCAUGCAUUUUACAUAUAAGACAUUUAAGUUCUUGCUUCAGGCUGUUAUGACACUGAUGCACAUGUUAAAACAUAGCUGCGCAAACAAAACUUUGAGGCAAUGAAGGAAGAUUCCACCUUUAUUAAAUCAUUUUUUUUUUUCCAGCCCCAUUAUGUAGAUAAUCUAUUGGAUACAGUAACAAAGGUGAAAAUCUUAUUUGAAAAUUUCAUUGGGAUCAUAUCUGUUUUACUGUGAAAAAUUAGAAAUUACACAUGUUGCUUGGGUUCUCAAUAUAAUGAAAGAAUUAUCAAAAAUCAAGAAGGCAAGAUAUGCAUGCAUUCAAUACGAUGAUAAUUAAAUGAAAAAUUCAAAAACAAACUUUUUUUGACUUUUCAUUCACUUUAGUUCUGUUUUUUUUUUUGUUGCUAUUGUGCAGAUUUUUUGGGAGUUUUUUUAUCAUGCAGGUUGGCAUGAAUGCAACCUGCGGUUGGGAAACCCUGAACUAGAGUAUAGUUGAUGAUGUAAUUUAAAUAUUAUCAUUAAUCAAAUUUAAAACCAUGAACCUGAUUUGUUAUUUUUGAAGUGUUUGAUAGAUUUAUGUUGUUUUUUUUUACCAGCUGUGCUAAUUCCUUUAAUGUACAACUUUGUGGUGCAUAGUUGUAAUGUUUGUAAUUUAGCAGUUAUUUUAAAUUUGUCUGUGUCAUUUUCUUGAUACUUUCAUCCACAGUACACCGUAUCCAAGGCAUUUACCAAGAUAUGAUUAUUAUGAUGAAGGUGAUGAUGAUGAUGAUGAUGGUGAUAUUGACGAUGAAGAUGAUGUUGAUAUUGAUGGUGGUGGUGGUGAUGAUGAUGAUGAUGAAGGUGAUGAUGAUGAUGUUGAUGGUGAUGUUGAUGAUGAUGACACAGAUGAUGAUGAUAUUGUUAAUGAUGUUGGGGAUAUUCUUAAAGCAUUUUUAUAUUAAAGUAAAAAUAUUAAAUAUCAUGCAAAGACAGGGGCAGAGAUAGCAUAUUCACACAAUUAUAAUUUCAGUGGUGAUGUCAUUGUUUUCUGAACAUUAUAGAGAGCUAAUAUGUUCCAUAACAUUUUGGUUUAAAAAAUUUUGUCAGAAAGAAUACUUAACAAAAUAAUGUGUGUUCUUGAUGAUUUAAAGAUACAAAACGC